AUGAGUUCUGGGAUGCAAGAUAGCAGUGGUCGGAUUAAUAAGACAAACACGACACAUCGAGCUUGGUCAAGUAGGGAGGAAGAGGUUCUUUUGGCGGCCUUGAAGGAGUUAGUAGCUGAAGGUUGGAAAUCCGACAACGGAUUUCGUGCGGGAUACUUGAAGAAAUUGGAGGAGUCAAUUAAAAUAAUAAUUCCAACAACCGACUUGAAAGGCAUGCCGCAUAUAAAUUCAAAAAUAACGACUUGGAAGAAGGAUUAUAACUCACUAACGAACAUGUUGAAGAUUACUGGCGUAGGCUUCAACGUGCAGGGCACGCACAUGAUCGAUGCCACUGAUGAGCAGUGGGAUCAUAUUAGGAAGGUGGAUGGCAAUGCAAAAAACAUGCAAUUUAAAAGUUUUAAGUACUUUGAUCAAUGGUCUGAAAUCUUCGGGAAGGACAGGGCCACCGGAGAUGUCGCUGAAGAUUUAACGGAGGCAUCACGUCAGAUGUAUCACAACAUCAAUCUCACCCAACCUCAGGACGUCGAUGGUGAUUACCAUGUCACGCUAGAUGAUGUGAAUGAAGACGUACCUCUUGCUAACAGUGUUAGCCAAACCCAGCAAGCCGAGUCUGAAGUACGCCCUCCUAAGAAAUUGAGAAAGAAGGGUGGCGGGGGCGACAAGAUGUUUGAGUACAUGGCCGAAAUCAGCCGCGACACUAAAAUUUCACUUGACACAAUCGCAGGUCGAAUGGGCCAUGAUCAAGAUAUCUCCAUGGCGAGGAAGGAGAUCUAUGCUCAACUGAAUUCAAUCAGUGGAUUGUCCCAAAAAGAGAAGUUCGAAAUAACCAAAAUGUUAGCCAAAGAAGUUGAGCUCCUAGAUGUGUUCACAAGUCUACCCGAAGAUGCGAAGAAGGAGUACGUUUACCACCUUCUUGAGGAGAAGAAGAAUAAGUACAAUGGUGGAAGUAAUUUGGAGUGA